CAUGCCUUUGAGAUCAUGAAAUCCAAAACACCUAUAAUUAGUAUAGACAAUCUUCUGGAAAUAAUUGAUCAAACGGAGUCCAAAAUGUGGGAUGUUGAAAUUCAUGAUAUGUUGCGCUAUUUUCAUAAAAAUGGAAGCAUCCUUUUCUUCAAUAUGGAAAAAUUGCGAGAAAUUAUCAUUUUAGAUAUCCAGUGGUUUGUUGACUGUUUUAAGGAUAUAAUCACUGAUAAAGAACAUGCCAAAGAAGGAAAUGGCAUUGUAAACAAAGACGUCCAGGAAAAAUGGGACCUUUUUUUUGAAAAAGGUGUUAGUUUCGAGCCUUUAUGAAAAUAUUUUAAAUGACAAAACUGCCAAUUUGUCGCAGGAACAUCGAGAAAUAUUAGGAAGAUAUUUACAGAAAUUAGGAAUGAUGCUCUACAUUGAGAGAUUUGAAAUUUCAGACGACAAGGCGACCAAUGUUUGGUACGUUCCUUGUGUAAACAUCAAAGAAUUUACACCAAUCUUGGGGGAAUAUGACAGCACCGAGGCAUCACCCAUCUUAUGUUUCCGAUUUGAAGGUCAUUUGCCAAUGGAUUUAUUUGGAAGAAUGAUUGUUCUUUGCAUCAGUUCUGGAAAAUGGCAGCCUUUUGGAAGACGUCUCUACAAGGAAGGUGCGCACAUGCUUUAUUGGGAAACAGUUGAACGCAAAGGCGAACCAAUGGAGGUUUACCUGUUUACAGCAAGAAAAAUUAUAACCAUUCAAAUUGUACAUCGAUCGAAUAGAAAACUACACGGAGAAGGAGUCAAAGCAGAAAUACAAAAUAUCCUUCAGGAACUUUUAGCCAAUUUUUAUGCAUGUUCAAGGAAUUGCAAAAUUGGAUUCCUGUGCAGUAAAAAGGAAGGUUACAAAGAAUCGUCCGUAAAACAUUUCAUACCAACGACCUCUGAAGUGAGAUAUUGCCAUAUCUGUCAAAAUCUCAAUGAUGUCAGACGUGAGGUCAAGCAAGCAUACGAUUUCUGGAAAGUUUUACCCAAGGAAGACGAUAUUUCAAAUGAAAUAAAAUCUGUGGAAGAGGAAAGGCAAUGGAUUGUCGCUUGUUAUCAGUCCUUCCUGAAUGUUCGGAAACAAAUACUCAUUGAUUUUAAUGCAGAUAUAGACAAGGGGUAUGGUGCAUUCUACAUUUCUCUGCUGGAGAAAAGUGACUCAAUUACCACUACAACGGGAGAUUCGCAUUUAGUUAAAGACAUUGAUGAAGAGGCCAAAAUGGAACAUCUUCAUGGUUUUGUUGACAUUGGUCUGAAGUUAAAACAUCUAAGCAAAACUCCAUAUAAAAGUAAAAGGGAUAGGGAACAAAUCAUUGCAGAUAUCAAAGGAAUUGCUUACACUUUGAAAAAAAUAUCGUUGGCAUUUGAUGACAAGAAGUUCAGACGAAAUUUCUUUUUCUCAUGGACUAACAAUGCAGAAGAUAUUCAGCUUGAAGAUAUCCACAAGAUACCUGAGAUAUCGUUAAAUGUUCCCAUCAUAAAGUUCGGCGAUGACGUGAAACUGGAGGCGAGUGUUGAUAUUGGUGUAUCUCAUUUCAUCUGGCUAAAGAAAAAACAUCGAAAAAACACAUUCAAAAUUUUAGGACAAAAAGGAAAACAUGGAUUUGGUGAGAUGAGAAAAAUUUCAUAUGACAUGACAAAGUUCUCAAAGGAUGAUGAGGGUCAAUAUCAACUUGUAGUCGCAACCAAGCAGACAGUUGGAAGAAAGACAUUUCAGCUACACGCAGAGGCUUCAAAUUUGAUACUGAACAUGCCACCUGAGGAAAUGUUAUGCAGAGGAGUCACCGUGAGAAUUCAAUGUACUGGAAUACCGGUAACAUCUCAAGAUGUGAUGUGGUUUAAAGAUGGAGUUCCGAUCCCAACAAAUUCGUCCGAGAAGUCAGUUUUGUGUUUGGAAGAUCUUGAGCCGAGCGAUGGUGGAAAAUACAGAUGUGAAAUUACACAAUCAUCUGGAGCCAAAAUCUCAUCAAAUGAAGUGGAAAUUGCAAUUAAAGAUAAGCAAGCCAUUGAGCUGUUACUGUUGAGGGAUUUCUUUUUUGAGGGAGCAAAAUCGGAAAUAAUAUGUGAAUCAACUCUCUCAGAAGCAACGAAGGUUUGUUGGUAUAAAGAUGAUACAGAAAUACUAAUCAAAGAGAAGUACUCCGACGGAACAUGUAAAAAUCCUUCUUUGACAAUUUCCGACCUUCAAAAAAGUGACAGCGGUAUCUACAAGUGUAAGAUUAUCAACACUUUUGGAUUUGCAGAGGAUUCAAUUUACCUAGAUGUAAAAGAACAAGAAGCUUCAUCUGUCGGUGAUAUUAUCAACCUUGUUACAAACGGCAAAAUGUUCACCUUUAGUGCUUCUGCAAUAGCAAGUAACCUACCACAUAUCAUCGGUGGAAUUACGACGUUCAUGAGUUCUCAACGAGUAUGUGUUUUGUCGAUCAUAAAUAAUAGCCGGCGAAAACUGUCAAAUCCCAAACUUCAUGUCGAAGAUGGCAGAAAAACCCAUUCAGUUGAAAGUAUUGACAAUGGCAAAGUGGGACUUUUCAUAUUUACCACGGAGGAAACACCAUGGCAUAUCAGAACAGACGGUGUCUUAACUUUCGAUGUUGAGGGAACAAAUGAACAAAUAGCAAUUCUGUGGAGUGUCCCUUUCUCGUCUUGGAACAAAAAUCAAUUCGCCAUCAAGAUACGGCCUCAAGAUAGCAGUCCUCCUGCAAGUAGCAAUUUAUAUAAAGAUAUGCUUCAGAACGCAUCUUAUACUGGUACCGAAAUCGUGGAGGAAACAGAUGGUUACAAGAUUAUCGCGAGUAUGAGCAAGGGUGGCAAGGCACAUCUCUGUCUCAUCCUCGAAAUAACUGAUCAAUCCAUGACGUGAUGGAAAUGCAAUCCAUAUGAUCUACUCGAACAUUGAUAGACAAUGUUUAUUUUUAGGAUAUAUUUUUACUUCAACAUAAGAUAUAGUUCAAUGUAAGCGACUUCAAUGUAAGUUGAGUAGCCUGCACAUGGACACAAUGUUCAGAACUGUCAUCGUUGUCAUUAUCAUCGACAUUAUCAUUAUUCGAUAUUAGAAAGAAUUUCAACAAAGUCGUUUUUGCAAUAUUAGGAUUUAUUGCCGGGGGACACUUUUACAUAUACGAACAAUGUAACACAUAGAAAACCUAUUAUAGUGAAUACAAAUAGUGUGUGACCUUGUUAUGAAUAUAAAAAUGUUCUAAUAUGAAAUUUUUGAUAAUAUCCCCGUUUUGAAAUUGAGCAAAGGGUUUAAACAUAUUGCACCUACAAUGUGUAAUAUACCGGAUAUGAAAAUGCCGAACUAAUAUUCUGAUAUAUUAAAACCCCUUGGUUCUUCUUCUGUUAAAUAUAAACUUCUUUAUGGCCACCGCCAUGUUUUUAAUAAUGAAAAACUGAAUUGGCAUUCCUAUACACUACUAAUGCAUGACAGAUUAUAUUCCUACGGUUGUCAAGAAUUUCAAAAAUAUGUUCAUAUAUUCUGUGAGUAUUAAACAUAAUAUGUGAAAUUCUUUUGUCAGUAUUAUGUGGGACGAUCCCCACUCCCCCCAAAUAUUGUGCUAAGAUGUUUCCUAUGUUGUUUUGUUAUGAGUCAGAAUUAUCAUUAAUAGUACCAAAAUUACCACUAUGUACAACUAGUGAAAGAAAAAUAUCACAAUAACAAAAUAUUUACGAUAGGUAUAUAAUGAUAGUGUUCCGUUACGGGUUUGAAUGCCUGGCUCAACUCUCUCUCUCUCUCUCUCUCUAUCUCUCUCUCUCUCUCUCUCUCUCUCUCUCACACACACACACACACACACACACACACACACACAACUGUCACAAAUCAGCAGUCAAAAGUAAUUCCUGCAGUCUCCCAGACAUAUGUCAAACUGAUUUUAAUCACCAGCUCUUAAAGUGCCUACCAAAGCUUAAUUUCAUGGAAUUUACAGUGUAUUUAUACUAAAAAUGAAAUAUCCGGUACAUUCAUGAAAGACAUCUUUACUCUUUAUAGUAAAUUCGAACCCAAGCGAUACAAUUGCUUAUGGGUUCCAUAUACAAUGUAUAUAUACAAGGUACAAGUGAAAAGAGCGGUGUAAGUUUAGUCGAAUGAAAUGAAUUAUGGAGGAAUACUGUAUGUUUUAAAUCAGACAGUUUGUGCACGAAAAGAGAUAUUCCUGUGCUCAAGUUAUUCAAGACGUGAAUAAAAAUCUUAAAAUAGGUAUGCGAGGGUUGUCACAAAAUUCCGUGGACAAACGGCGAUUCUCAUUUAUCUAACGUCACCGAAAAAUUAAACUUUUAAAACAGGAAGAGCAAACAAUUUUCAAUAAAAAGAUGUAAAAGGUUUUAAUAUCAAUUGACUUAAAUAGAAUUUUUCAAAGGUUUUUCAUCAUAGAGAAGCAUACAAUGGCGCAAUGUUAAAAUAGGUAAUUAAACCAAUUGAAACGGAAUUACAAUAAUGGAAAAUGCAUUGUUCAAUUCAUCACUGAGAGUAUAUUUUAUAGAUGAGUUUUGUUUGGAUACUCAUUUAUAUACCCCGAAACUUUUAUCAUUAUGACGUUAUAUUUAAAUGAAUUAUGAUAUAUUGUUCGACAAUUAGGAGGUGCAAAUGUUCAGCGAAAUGGCAAUGUGAGCGUCAAACGCGGCGCACCGAGAAGUCAUAAAAUUUUGUACAGAACUACGUUUGACUCAAAAGGAGAUUCACAAGGAAUUAGAAUUGACAGAGUUGCACAUAAAUGUUUCUCGUUGCCUGGUGUUUAAAUCAUAUAAAUUAUUUUCUGAAGAAUAUGAGGACAGUACGACAGGAAAAAGAGGCCGGCCGAAGGAAAUCAAUGAAAAAACAGUAAAAUUACUGGAUGACACUAUCAGGAAAGACAGACGUCGGAUCGUACGAGAGAUUGAAGAAACUUUGGAAAUUAGCAAAUCGUCUGUUCACCGCAUUCUGUCGGAUGAUUUGGAAUGCAUUGGGUAUGUGCAUGUUGGAUACCUCGACUUUUAAAACAUGAAGAAAAACAAAGAAGGAUUUCAUACGAACACCACGAGAAAAAUUUUGACGACGCAUGUUGCACCGCUGAGCACAACCAUAUUGUAAAAUAAUUUAUUUUCUCCAAAACGCUAAUUGAAGUACAAAGUUCACAUGUAGCAGUUUCUAUGAAAUUAGAUAGAUACAUUUUUUUUUAAAAGUUAUAAGCCCAGUCCACGAUAUUUUGGGAUUACCCUCGUAUGUCAUCUUUACAGCAAAACAAGUGCUACGUCAUCAUCUUUAUACUGAUGCGUCAAACCUUGAACGUCUAUAACAAUUUAGGUCACAGAUGUUAAUACAUGAUUGAUUGUAUAUUGUUUAACGCCCCUCUUGUGAAUCUUUCACUCAUAUGGAGACGUCACCAUUGCUGUUGAAGGGCUGCAAAAUUUGGGCCUAUGCUUGGCGAUUAGGACCAUUGAGCAGGGAGGGAUCUUUAUCGUGCCACACCUGCUGUGACACGGGGCCUCAGUUUUUGCGAUCUAAAAUGAAGGAAGGCCCUAUUUAGUCGUCUCUUACGACAAGCAAGGGGUACUGAGAACCUAUUCUAACACGGAUCCACAUGGGACAAGUGUUACUAAAACAUAUAAGACAAUAGUGUGAUGAUUUUCCCUAUGUUGUGUGAACUUUUUUCCUAUAAUUUGUGACGAUUUUUCCUAUAUGUAGGAAAACAAUUCCUAUAUUGUGUGAGAAUAUUUUCUGUGAUGUGUGGCAAUUUUUCCUGUAAUGUGUGGAAAUGUUUCCUAUAUUGUAUGAUUAUUUUUUGUAUAUUAUGUGACCAUUUUUUCAAUAUUGUGAGAAAUGUUUUCCUAUAUUGUGAGACGAUAAUUCGUAUAUUGUGAAAAAAUUUCCUACAUCAUGUGAUUUUUCCUAUAUUGUGUGAAAACAAUUCCUAUGUUGUGUGAAAACAUUUCCUAUAAUUUGUGAAAAUGUUUCUUAUAUUGAAUGACGAU